ACGGGCGGGUCUGCGCACGCGCCGCGCGGAGGGUCCCCGGAGGCUUAGCUCUGAGAAAUGAGAUGGAGAAAUACGAGCGGAUCCGAGUGGAUUGUGCACCUCUGCCUGCGAAAGGCUGACCAGAAGCUGGUGAUCAUCAAGCAGAUCCCAGUAGAGCAGAUGACCAAAGAAGAGCGGCAAGCAGCCCAAAACGAGUGCCAGGUGCUCAAGUUGCUCAACCACCCCAAUGUUAUUGAAUACUAUGAGAACUUCCUGGAGGACAAGGCACUCAUGAUCGCCAUGGAAUAUGCACCAGGUGGCACCCUGGCUGAGUUCAUCCAAAAGCGCUGCAACUCUCUGCUGGAGGAGGAGACCAUCCUUCACUUCUUUGUGCAGAUCCUGCUUGCCCUGCAUCAUGUGCACACCCACCUCAUCCUGCACCGGGACCUCAAGACCCAGAACAUCCUUCUUGACAAACACCGCAUGGUUGUCAAAAUUGGUGAUUUUGGCAUCUCCAAGAUCCUUAGCAGCAAGAGCAAAGCCUACACGGUGGUGGGUACUCCAUGCUACAUCUCCCCUGAGCUGUGUGAGGGUAAACCCUACAACCAGAAGAGUGACAUCUGGGCCCUGGGCUGUGUCCUCUAUGAACUGGCCAGCCUCAAGAGGGCCUUUGAAGCUGCAAACCUGCCAGCACUGGUGCUGAAGAUCAUGAGUGGCACUUUUGCCCCCAUCUCUGACCGGUACAGCCCUGAGUUGCGCCAGCUUGUCCUGAGUCUGCUCAGCCUGGAGCCCUCACAGCGUCCACCACUCAGCCACAUCAUGGCUCAGCCCCUCUGCAUCCGGGCCCUCCUUAACCUUCACACGGAUGUGGGCAGCGUUCUCAUGCGGAGAGCAGAGAAGUCCCUGGUCCCAGGACCACCCAUAGCCCCUAGCAGCACAGGGAACAGGACUUCCAGUGCCCGCUGCAGAGGCAUGCCCCGGGGAUCACUGAGGCCUGCCAUCCCGCCACCACUCUCUUCAGUGUAUGCGUGGGGUGGGGGGCUCAGCACACCUCUGCGGCUGCCCAUGCUCAACACUGAGGUGGUCCAGGUGGCCACCGGGCGCACACAGAAGGCCGGGGUCACACGCUCGGGACGCCUUAUCCUGUGGGAGGCUCCGCCCCUAGGCGCUGGGGAAGGCGUCCUCUUGCCUGGGGCGGUGGAGCACCCUCAGCCCCAGUUCAUCUCACGUUUCUUGGAGGGCCAGUCAGGCGUGACCAUCAAGCACGUGGCCUGCGGGGACCUCUUCACCGCUUGCCUGACUGACCGAGGCAUCAUCAUGACCUUUGGCAGUGGCAGCAAUGGGUGUUUAGGCCAUGGCAGCCUUACUGACGUCAGCCAGCCCACCAUUGUGGAGGCCCUGCUGGGCUAUGAGAUGGUGCAAGUGGCCUGUGGGGCUUCCCAUGUACUGGCCCUCUCCACUGAUCGAGAACUAUUUGCCUGGGGCCGUGGAGAUGGUGGUAGGCUGGGACUAGGUACCACAGAGUCCCAUAGCUGCCCCCAGCAGGUACCUUUACCCUCAGGACAAGAAGCCCAGCGAGUUGUAUGUGGCAUUGAUUCUUCCAUGAUCCUCACAGUGUCUGGCCAAGCCCUGGCAUGUGGGAGCAACAGGUUUAACAAGCUGGGCCUAGACCACCUUUCUAAGGGGGAGGAGCCUGCCUCUCAUCAGCAAGUGGAGGAGGCCCUAAGCUUCACACCACUAGGCUCUGCACCCCUGGACCAAGAGCCCCUCCUGAGUGUGGAUCUAGGCACUGCUCAUUCAGCUGCUGUGACUGUCUCAGGCAGCUGCUACACUUUUGGCAGCAAUCAGCAUGGGCAGUUGGGUACCAACACUGCCCGCCGGGGAAGCCGGGCACCCUGUCAGGUCCAAGGCCUGGAGGGCAUUAAGAUGGUGAUGGUGGCCUGUGGGGAUGCCUUCACUGUAGCCAUUGGGGCAGAGGGAGAAGUGUAUUCCUGGGGCAAAGGAGCCCGAGGUCGGCUUGGAAGGAGGGACGAAGAUGCUGGACUCCCUAGGCCAGUGCUGCUGGAGGAGACACACCCUUAUACAGUGACUUCCGUGUCCUGUUGCCAUGGAAACACUCUCCUGGCUGUGCGCCCUUUCACAGAUGAGCCAGCCCCUCCUUGAGGCACCAGGAUACAUCUCUGGACCACCGUGACAUGGCUUCUCCCUUGGUGUUCUGGAAAGUGCUGGUGCCUGAGGCCUGAUGGUCCCCAUCAGCCAGCUCCCCAGAUUGCAUCAUCAGUGGGAUGGAAGGACCCUACUGUGCUUUCGGCCUGCCAGACUAAAAGCCCUGCAUAGGCAUAGCCACUGUUUCCCCAAUACUCUUCUCUCCCCACUCCUUUCCUUAUUUGUUGUCCCCAAUGCUCCAACUCAGUGGGAGUGGGCAGCCAAACCUACUUUUUAAAGAAAGGAUGGUUUCCAGAACCUUGCUAUGAAAGCAUCUUCAUCCUAAGCCCAGUUAGAAAAUUAGGUCUGGGGCUGGGAAGGUGGCUCAGUGGUAGAGU